UCUCUGUCUGCACUGGAAGCCCAGCAGCUCCUCCACACGGGCCGGGGCCAGCCUCUCUCCCCUCUCUCCCACUCACAUCGGGCUGGUUUUCGGGGAGAAAUUUGCAGACAUUUAUAUGUUUUUCUUUUUAGCCUGGAGCGUCACGAUUUACCACCAGCGGCUUCUCCAGCACCAUCGACACCAUCAACGCCGUCAACUUGGAGGCGAAAAACGGGGCUUUUUGGCUGCAUCGAGUGAAUUACUGUUAUUAUUAUAAUAGACCGUAUUGCUGUUGCCUUUAAUAGGAGGCUACUGAAGCGGCAGCAUGCUGUAGCUCCCAGCAGAAGCGCGGACUGGCAACCUGGCUCAAAAGGCAGCGUUUUAUUCGGUGGGAAUGAUGAUGGUGGUGAUUUAGAGAGGGGGUUCAGAUUCAUCCUGAUCUCCAUGUGACUUUGACAUCGGCCUCGCUGCUCUUCGUUGCACGACAGGUUGUUGCAGAAUGACACCCUCCCUGGAAGCGGCCCACAGGCUGGGCUGGAUUUUACUGAAGGCACUGCUGCGUUUCACUUUCAUGUUCAUCAAUAAUUGUGUUGCGAUCCCGUCCUAUUGCCUCUACCUGCUUGUGCUGCAGCCUUUGAGAAUAAUGGACAGUCAGACUUUCUGGUACAUUGAGGGGGUAAUGUUCAGGUGGUUGCUGGCGAUGGUGGCAUCGUGGGGCUGGUGGGCAGGAUACACAGUGACUGAGUGGGGUGAUGACGUAAGGCCCAUAUCUGAAGAUGAAGCGAUGGUCAUUGUAAACCAUCAAGCCACUGGAGAUGUUUGCACUCUAAUGAUGUGCCUGCAGGACAAGGGAACGGUGGUGCGGAAGAUGAUGUGGUUAAUGGACCAUGUGUUUAAAUACACCAAUUUUGGCGUGGUGUCUCUGAUCCACGGAGAUUUCUUCAUUAGGCAGGGAAAAGCACAUCGAGACAAGCAGCUCAUUUACCUGAAGGCUCACUUGGAUAAGUAUUACUACAGCAGGGACAGGAAGUGGAUCGUGUUGUUUCCCGAGGGGGGCUUCCUGCGAAAGCGGCGGGAGACGAGCCAGUCGUUUGCCAAGAAAAACGAGCUGCCAUAUUUGACCCACGUGACACUGCCACGUCUGGGGGCCACUCAGGUCAUACUGAAGACACUGGGACCCCAGCAGGAGAACGGCACUCUGGGAACGGAUGGUGGACCACCUGGCCAGAGCGUUGCCAAGCCUAAAGGACUGCAGUGGGUGGUGGACGUGACCAUAGCAUACCCCAACGCUAAACCCAUGGACAUUCAGACCUGGAUCUUUGGCUAUAGACCACCUACAGUUACACAUGUGCACUACAGGACAUACGCCAUAAAAGAUGUCCCAGUGGAGACGGAGGCUCUGACAGACUGGCUCUAUCAGAGAUUUGUGGAGAAAGAGGAACUUCUGGCCCAUUUCUACCAGACAGGAGCGUUCCCUCCACCGAAGGGACAGAAGGAGGCAGUUUCCCGAGAGAUGACCCUCAACCCUGUGUGGCUCUGCGCUGUCCAAUCGUUUGCCUUCGUCUCUGGCUACAUGUGGUACAACAUCCUACAGCACAUCUACUGCUGGUUCUUCUCCCUGCUGUGGUGAGGAAGAAAACAAGAGAAAGAUGAGGGGGGGAGAGAGAGAGGGAGAGAGAGGGGGGAGCAACGUGGAGGGUGAAAAAAGAAAAAAAGGAAGGGGCCAUAGCUGCUGACCUUGAGUUGACCUUGGAUCUGUUAAACAGCCCCAGAAACAGUCUUCACUGGACGGAUGGCAGAGUGGACGUUUGCAAAAUGUGGAGGCAAUACGGAACGGCAUCUGCGUUUGUUGUAUUUGACCCUAAACCCUAAACUCCGACCCGGAUUCACAAACACAAUAUAGACAGCCCUGCAAUAUACAUUCGCACCCACCACUAAAUAUGUAGGAAGAGAUGACAUCAUGUUUACACAUGCAUACCUACACACAUGCAAACAUACAUACAUAUAUUAUAUAUUAUGCACGUCUAAAUGUUUACUCAUGCACAUGUGGACACAUUUUUUUAUUUUAACUACAAUCAAAAAUUAGGCUCAGGAAUAAGCCAGAUAGAGUUUCAGACAUUUUUACCCCCCCCUUUUUUUUAUUUGUUUUCUGCUGUGGGUAACACUAACCCGCUCGCUCUUCUCUUGUUCUCUUCUGUACAUUGAGAAGAGCUUCCAAAGGAUCUUUCAUCUUUCUUUUUUUCCCCAUCUCUUUUCGCCCUCCGUACACUGAGACUGAAGACGAGGGGAACCUCCACAGAUCGUCCUCUGGACUUUCAUUGCACUAUAGAUCUGUACCGCCUGUCCUGUAUCCGUGGAAACAGCCCUGUCGUGUGCGUUCUGCUUACGUUUUUGUUUUGUUUUUUUAAUAAUUUUUUCGUCGGUGUUUGUCCUGUGUUCGUCCGUGCGCUAAAAUUUCUCGUGUCUCGUGCGUAGACAGUAUUGCGAGAGCCGACUGAAUGGUUGUUCAUGUUUACACUGGCCGCCCGUCGGACGGAGGACACGGAGAUCAGCCCGUCGCUGAUUGACUGAUGGCUAACUGCUAACUCAGUGGAGGGGGGACCUCAUUUGUUCCCCUCUACCGCAUACAUAAACACGCAGAGACAUCGGAGUACUCACUGAACUGCUAGUAGAGAAGCUGCGGAGUCGACGUACGCGCCUCUCUCACCCUAGUCUAAAUAUAUUUUGGUGUUUUACAGAUAUAAUUAAGCCAUAUGCUUAGUGUCUGAAGGCUGAUGGAGAAGGUCUGACUCUUCUGAAUGGAUGAAUGACUGAGUAAUGUUGAAAUGCAGCAUUCUGCAAAGAAUAUAGGAAAAAAAGAGAAAAAAAUUAGGCUUACAGGUGUCAUUACUGUAAAUUUAUAACAGCGUAACCUGCCGAAGUGAGCGUGCGACAAAUUUUUCCUUUUUUUUCUUUUCUUUUUUUUUAUUUUCUUUUUAGAUGCAUAUAAUCAAUGUCUGAUUGCUGUAUGUUAUAUCAGAGUGUUGGCAAAAAAAUCACUCUUUAUCGAUGGAGAUUUUAUUUGGUUCUGUUUGUUUUUUUUUCCCCCAAAUUACAUUUAGUCUUGUACAUAACAAACUCCGAGGUAGAACCCAUGUUCGUGCAGCGUUUCAGCAACAUUGCAGUCUGAUUUUAGUUUUGAAAUAUCAUGAAUGUUAAGGAAAGAGGGGAAAAAACAAGAGAUAACAAUGCACCUCACGUACUUCUGAUGUUUUCUAGAUGUUUCUCUCUCCGUAUCUGGGUGUAUUACUAAUACCAAGCAGUCAGAAGCAUCCUUCUUUCAGCUGACAUAGGAACCAAAGCAGUAAUGCUCCAUAAAGCUUGCUUACCUUGACCAGUUGCUGUAGCCUGUAUGUCUGCCCUGUUACUGCAGUCUGUUAAAGCGAUAGUUCAGCAAAAAAUCAAACGCCCAGUUUCCACCCUGUAGUCGGUCUUAGGUUCGCUUUUUUAGUUUUAGCACUGGAGGCUAAUGUAGUUAACAAAUAAUGGAAGCUCAUACCCCACCAAUUGGCAUGGGGCUAACACCAGGCCUAAACCAUCUCUUGCCACAAACCGUGUAAAUAAUCUCAAACAGAUUUAAUCACUGUCUGAACAAAACCUCAUGUAUCCAACAUAGUAACUUCACUGGAGAAGGAAUGUAAGAUUUUAUCCCAAGUUGUUUGGGAUUGUUUCUUUUGAUCCGUUCAUCCUGAAAUUUUGAUAAUGUAAACGGCAGCUUGUGUACAAAAUUCAGAAGCAUGGUUUUGUUCCAGCAGUAUAUGCGGUUCCUGAAACUGCAAUAAAAUAAUCUUUCAGCAAGUGAAAUGCUCUUAAAUGCAGUCAAUAUAUCUACUAUUUCUCAUUGAGAUUGCUGUAAGAAUAUUAUGAGAUUAUUUAACUUAUGUCUAGACGUUUAUACUCAAAUUUUAUCUAGUAAAAUAACAUUCUAUUGGCAUGACCAUUAGGUAAAAUAAUAAAGUAAAACAUGACUAGAAAUAAUCUUUUCUAGAUUUAAGAGGAGCCCGCUUGCCAAGAUAUACAUUUUUGCAGCUUGACACUAUGACAUACUGUUAUCAAUAACAAUGGAUGUUAGCCUUUGUAGCUCCACUGCUAAGCAAACUGUAGACCCCAAACAUGUCACUCAGCCAAGACAACAAAUAAAAAUGUGGCUUCUUUUGUUUGAAGGCCAAUGAGGCUAAUAUAGCUAACAAAUAAUGGAAGCUUAUACCCCACCAUUAGCAUAAUGCUAACUACAGUGGUUCACACUGACUCACUGUUAUUUAUAAACCUGGACAAAAGUACUGACAAAGUUCAGGCUUCAGUAUAAAACUUGUAUUUCAUUAUUUUGCAGACUUUUGCCGAUGAUUGAUACAUAUCUUAUUUAUUAUUUGAUAUUCGUAUGGACUACACAGCCUAUAUUAAAUGAAAUGAGAGACGGGAAAAAUGUUAACUGCAGUAAGAACUAUUCUAGUUAUUAUAAAUGACCAGGGUCUGAUUUUUCACUCAUAAGGGCUAAUGAUAUCCAGUCAUGUUUCUUUUCUUACUGCUUGAUUAAACCUGUACUCUCUUCAUAUGUACAGUUCAUAAAAACACACAUUAGCCACGUAGCUUCAGUGCUAAAGCUAAAGAAGCGCACACCAAACACGUCUUAUCUGAUCGACUGCAUUUGGGCCAAGAGAGGUGAAACUGUGUAAAUAUGAUUUUUCGUGAAACUAUCAUUUUAAGCCGUUUUAAAUGAAAAGAGAAAGGAAGUUUUUUAUUAUUACUGCAGAACUAUUAGGACAGAGCUGCCUAUUUACAGUAGAUGUAACCACUUGGCUAAUAAUGGAUAAGUCCUGCUUCCAUUGCUGAGGAGAUAUUUCCCUUAUGACUGUAACUCAUGUCUGUAAGCUUUUUUCUUUUGUUCGUCCCCUGAAACAGGACUGUAAUAUGAAAGGCAGCGCCCCGAGCCCCUGGGCUUGUA